AAUGAGUAAGAGUUUUUGGGAAGCUUGAAACAGCCCAGAGAUUGAGAAAAAUAAAGAAAAACAUUUGGGAAAAUGGGAGGGAUAAGAGGAGAGGGAAGGGGGAGGGGAGAGACUUGCUGUAUUCCGCUGCGGAGUUGGUUUGCGUAUACAAAAACAUACGUACACCCCUCUCCCGCGGAUUGCGAGACUCACUCGGCCGUCCUCUGGCCAGUAGCGUCCUGCUAACCGUCCCAGACACACACACACAUAAGCAAGACGCCAGUGCUGCAAGAGUUGUGUCGACAUACUUGAAACGAGAAGAAGAAGAAGAAGAAAAUUCUAGGCUGAAAUUUUGGUGUGCGGGCACGUCGGAAGUGUUGGGCUUCUCUUUGCGAGUGGUGCGCACAGGCAAAAGAGGCCACUUUCAAGUGUCUGGCUUUAUUCCUCAUCCGGAAUAGCCGGAAGAAGAGAAGGAAUUUCCCUAUUUUUUUAUUUUUUGAAGGAUGUUUUGGUUUGGUAUCGAAAAAUUCGGCCCCAUCUGCUACGGGAUUCUUUGCAUUGUUGGCUGUUUAGUGAAGGAGGAGUUUUAGUGGCGGUUCCAAUGAGGAGAGUGUCCCAGUUUCCGGAGUGAGAGGGGAGGGGGUGGGGGAGGCACAGAAAAAAGAAGAAAGAAAAAAAAAGUUUGGGAAUCCAAAUUUGAACUGUUUUUAAACAAACAAAGAAAAAAGAAAAAAAGGGGAAAACGGAAGAUUGCAAACACUCCACCUGGAAACCCUUUCCUAUCACUGAAGUGAAAGAUCACGUCUGGAACAUGUCCGCCUCCCGGCGGCGUCAUUCGGAACAAUUGCCGCUGCAGCGACCACUGCCGGAUGAAGUGGAACCUAGCGCCAUCCGUCAUGGAGAACAGGCGAACCAUCGCAUCCAUCGGUCCCACCUUCAGCAGCAGCAGCAGCAGCCGCUGACGAGGACGCGCAGCUCUGCUCAUUUGUUUCUCGGCCAGCUGACGGGAACGUGUUCCAGUCUCUUUCGCCGUCUGUCGGUUAAAGUGCGUUACUUGUCGCUGUCGCUCAUCCCGGGCUCUUCGGGUUCCCGAUCGAGCUCGGCGACGGGCGGAAUCGGAUCAUCCAGGCCGUCCACUCCGCCGUCGGGUCAAAGAAAUCGGCCCCGAUCGGCCGACAGGGUCGUCGAAGAUAUCGCAGCUGGCCAAAAGGUGCGCCCUAGACGCCACACGACUACCGUCUGCACGACGAUGGACGAAUCCACCCCCGUGGCCAAUCACGGCCCUGUGAAUUGUAGCGCUGCGUUUCUCACGGAUUACCGGACGGCUAGACGUUCGCCCAGUCCCGGAUCGGACAGUGAAGCCACUCCGACGCCCAGCCCUUGCACGUUUUCCAUGCCGACAGCCACCGUUGAAGACACGGUGUACACGGCUGGCCAGCAACACCUGAGGGCCGAUGAUUACCCAACGCUGAAAGGAUCGAGCCGACGGAGGCGGCGCCACCAUCACCACCACAGCAGCAGCGGCAGCAGCGGCGGCGGCGGUGGCAAUGGGAGCCACAACAACAACAACAACAACAAUCAUCAACAUAAUCGGCAUCAGCGUCAUAACCGGAAGAGUCAGACGGAAGCAUCUACAGGUCGCGAUCGUGCCAGUCCAUUGACGAUGGAGGACGACGGUGUGGCGAUGAUGAACAGCUGCGCCACAGCAGCAGACGACGACGACGACGGCGACCACCAGUUGUUGAACGAGUCGACUGCAACACCUUUGGCACUGGACCAAUGUUUUGCUCUGGGCCUAAAUUUAACCUCUUUGGCUCCAAAGUCGUCCAAGUCGACGGAUACAUUUUUGGCCGGCGACCAACAAAACGACGACGACGACGACGAAGACGAGGAGGAGGAGGAGGAAGAAGAAGAAGAUGAAAAUGAAAACGACGUUGCCGCCGCUGCUGCUGCCGGAUCGUCUGCUUGUGAUCGCCAGUCGGAGCAAGUAGAAUGCGAGUUGUUGACCAGUCAGGAUAACACGAACGGCAGCACUGCGUCCAAUCCUUAUUUCGAUUGGUUUCUGUCGUGCAAUUUGCAAGAGGAAGACGAACAGUUGGGCGCCAACGCGUCGGUGGGCGACCGGAGGCCGUCCUUGAAAGUGUCUCACAAGUCAGUGGGGUCCGCCCGAGGAGGAGGUGGAGGAGAAGAGGAGGAAGAAGAAGAAGAAGAUUUGCAUCGGUCGCUCGAAGAUUUGCCUUACCCCAUUUUGCUGGACGAUUGGAUUUCUCCGCCUUCGCCCACUUCGCCACCGGCCGUUGCGUUGCAACACGACCAUCCGUCGGCUUCGAUGGAUCGAGAUCCGCUGACGGCGCUGCGCCAUCACUCGACCUGGUUCGAAGAUUAUGCCUAUCCGGCCUAUUCCAGCAAAUCGAGUCAGGCUGGUGGCGCUAGUAGUAGCGGCAACAGCAGCAAAUCGUCGAAUCGAUUGUCUUCGACUGGAACGCUGGCCGCCACGUCGACCGGCACCAGCCGGAUGAUGGCCGAGAAAGCGUAUCCGUACGUUUCGACGCCGGCCACACCGUCGCGGCACAGCAACACGAAAUACCAUCAGGGCACGUCGUCGUCCUCCUCCUCCUAUCACCUCGAUCCGUACGAUCUGCUCUACGACGAAGUGGCUUAUCAGGUGCCCGAUGCUGCAGGAUUGGGAGCCAAACUGGCAUCGUCUGGUGGCAAACCGUCUACGUGCACGUCGAAUAUCAUUCCGGUGCCAUUGUCGUCGUCGUCGUCUUCGACGCUGUCCAGCAAUAAUAACAGCGAACGCGGAGUUCAUCCGGGACCCGAAUCCUUUCCUGGCGUGGAGCCCGGCACGCGCGCUACCGGUUGCCAUGGAUACGGCGGCCCCGUGUCUACCAGCGCAACCGGUAGCGGCAAGGUACCGCUGCUGUCGUCGUCGUCCAACGCAGCCGUUGGCCAAUCGUCUGCUAAUUCAUCGAACGCCAUUACCCGAACGGUUAGAACGAGACGGUCCCAGCCGUUGGGCAGCCGUUGCCUCAGUUCCCGUGCCCCGUCUGUGGAGGACGACGAAGAUGGACAUCUUCUUUACCGAAAUGGCGACAUUCUCCAGAAUCGAUAUCGAGUGCAGGCCACCUUGGGCGAGGGCACCUUUGGUAAAGUGGUCAAAGUCAAAGACGUGACCAAAUCCAGGGACGAGAGCUUCGCCUUAAAGAUUAUCAAGAAUGUAGAAAAAUAUCGGGAGGCGGCCAAACUGGAGAUUAACGUGCUGGAAAAGUUGGAUCGCAAGGAUCCCGAAGGCAAAUACCUUUGCGUCAAGAUGCUGGAUUGGUUUGAUUAUCACGGCCAUAUGUGCAUCGCCUUUGAAAUGCUUGGCCUUUCCGUCUUUGAUUUCCUGAAGGACAACAAUUAUCAGCCCUAUUCGCUGGACCAGGUGCGUCAUAUUGGCUACCAGUUAUCCUACGCCGUCCGAUUCCUCCACGACAACAAGUUGACUCACACGGACUUGAAGCCCGAAAACAUUCUCUUUGUCGACUCGGAUUUUGACAUCUCCUACAACCCAAAAAAGAAAAGGGAUUACCGACGAGUGAAAAGAACGGACGUGCGUUUGAUUGAUUUUGGGAGUGCCACGUUUGACCACGAACAUCACAGCACCAUCGUCUCGACGCGUCAUUACCGCGCACCCGAAGUCAUAUUAGAAUUGGGUUGGACGCAGCCUUGCGAUGUCUGGUCGAUUGGAUGCAUCCUUUUUGAACUCUACCUGGGCGUCACUCUCUUUCAGACCCACGAUAAUCGCGAACAUCUGGCCAUGAUGGAGCGCAUUCUUGGUCCCAUUCCAUACAGGAUGGGCAGGAAGACCAAGACCAAGUAUUUCUACCACGGCCGGUUAGAUUGGGACGAGAAGAGCUCGGCCGGCCGCUAUGUUCGUGAAAACUGUAAACCACUGAAGCGCUACCAGGUGUCUGACGAGGAAGACCACGUCCUCCUUUUCGACCUGAUUCAGCGCAUGCUCGAUUACGAGCCUUCGCAGCGGCUCGCGUUGACGGAAGCCCUCAAGCAUCCGUUCUUCGACAAGAUACCGCCUCACCUUCGCCUCGGAUCCGACCGGGUCGAUCGAGAACGCAGUCAUUCACUCUCCAGAUGACUGACGAUGUCAUCCGUGUGAUGUGGAGAAAAUUUAUUUGAAAUAAUUUGCCCUUAUAAACUCCUCCCCUUUCUUUAUCCUACUCCCCCACCUCCGUCGUCUACGUCUCUCUAAAUAUUUUUUGUUUUCUGUUUUUCGGUCUGCAUUGUCUCGAGUUAAUCACUGGUAGGCUGGACAAUGGGUUGGAAUUACACAGUAAACUAAAAAAGAAAAAGGAGGAGUACGAAUGCUUAGCAAAAAAACAAAACAAAAAAUGUUAAUUCCUUUUUGGACCUUGAUUCUUCCUCCCCCCAACACACAGUUUUCUUUUCUUGUUUAGGAAACAGAAUAAUUUUUUUAAUUAUUAUUUGCAAACGCAUCGUCACUUGAAAUGGCGACGUUUGUUUCCGUGUGUGUGAUUGUGUGUGUGUGUGCAAAAGCCCUGACGAGCCAAACGCGACAAUAAAGGACAUCAUGGAAGGAUGAAGUUUGGAAAAGUUCGAAAAGAAGAAGAAAAUGGAACUCCUUGUCUUGGCUUUGUUGUGCGUAUCUCUCGUCGAUAUGCUGGGCAGGAGAGAACGCCUCCUUGACGUGGAUAUCAUGUUUCCUCCUUCACUUGCCCUCUUCCAUCCCUUCGUACAACUAAAGAAAUAGAAGAAACAUAUUGAAAUGACUACUCGUCUUUCUAUCAGAUUCUUAAUAGAUCCCGCACUUUUUGCCUCUUUUUUUUUUCCUUUUUCUCAUAUUGUUUUCUUUCCUUGCCAGUCCUUGAUUUAGUCAUGAACUGUAGCUAGUUAGAUGAUGCCACUUCCAUAAUUUUGUUUAUUUUUAUUUUGUUUUCUACCUUCGGUUCUGCGCUGGAAAGAAAAAAGAUGUUAACUGACGUUGUUUUCCUUAUUAUAAUUUUUUGUUUUUCUUUCCUCGCGUGUUUGUGUCAUCUUACAACUUCCCCAUGCUGUUUCCUCGUCGACGACUAUGAAUAAUAACUGAGCAAACAUUUGAUGAAUAAAUACAUGGAAAAUCGAAUGA